GUGAAAUACUCGCACUCAGCCGCCGCUUGAUCUCUCCCUCCAGCCUAGGUUGCCGACCGAUCUAUGCAUAGCCCAGCCCUUGCCCCUGCAUCCCGUGGCUCUGCGGGCUUCGCGCUCUGCGGGGUCUGCGGGCUCUCGUUCCAUGCCCGCUCCGAAAGCCCAGUCCUGAUCAUAGAACCCCGCUCGGUACCUGCCCGCAGUUUUCUGUCGGCAUGCCAAGCCUUCUGGCGGCUCUGCACGCCGGAGCGUAUACGGGGUGGCGUGGAGCGCUCAACCAAGUUCCCCCUGCGUCCCUGCACAAGACUUUCCCGGCGGCAGACGCUGAGCGGAAACGGCGGCCAGGGGUGCGGAGGUGGAGGGUGGGGGCGCGGCCAAGUCGUGGCCAAGGCGUGGCGCCCGAGGACAGGCCGAGGCCCGAGGCGGCCGGGCGGCCGGCGGAUGUGGGUGGAUGAUCACACCGCAGAUGAGCCUGAACCAUGGGCUCAUCCGCCCGCCGGCGGCGUGCCGUCAGCGGCACACCGCCUAGCCCGGCAUGCAGGCGCGCGCGUGCCUCGCCAUGAACGUGGACAUGGGCGUCGUAAUGGCCCCAAGCUUAGAAACCGAGCCUUGGCAUCGUGCGGGGGAUCUCACGUACCCGACUCUGACAGAGCGGCGCCGUCGAUGCAGCAAGCCGUCAUGGGCUAGGAUAGACAAGCAUGUGACAGCUUGCAAUGUCGGCCCCACAUGCAGAUCUCGUUUGGAGGUGACUAGCCGCCGCAGGCCCAGCCAGUGGCCACGUCACGCUUCUCAGCUUGCGUGUUACAGCGUCAGGCGAGACAACCUGAGUAUACCCCCUCCGCCAUGACCGGAUCAUGGAGCUCGAGUUACUUCCGGGGCGGCUCAUGCACAUGCGCGAGAGAACGAAAGGCACCUCCUAAUUCUGUGGUGCGAGACGGAAUCUCCGAUUG